UUGUUUGUGAUUGAGGGUGCAAUAUUUCGCAUGGUGUGAGAGUAAAAUGAUAAAAGACAUGGACUUUUUAAAGUCUUGUUUAUUCAAAUCUAUUUGAAUAAAAUACUGCGAGUUUGUUGAUACUUAUUUCAAACUAUGUUAACACGUCGAUUGUUUUCAGUAACGGUAAAAGUUUUAAAUUUGCCUAAAAUGAACAAUACCAGUAAGCGGCCAUUCACUGUGUUCGUCGAGGGUAAUAUUGGAAGUGGGAAAACAACAUUCCUAGAGCAUUUUUGCCAAUUUGAAGAUAUAACUCUGCUUACCGAACCUGUGGAGGCGUGGCGUAAUCUCAAAGGAUGGAACUUAUUGGACUUGAUGUACAAAGACCCAGCAAAAUGGGCAAUGACCUUUCAGUCGUAUGUAUCUUUGACCAUGUUAGAUAUGCACUGCAAAGUGACACCAACUCCAAUUAAAUUGAUGGAGAGGUCAUUAUACAGUGCCAGAUAUUGUUUUGUGGAACAAAUUAUGAGAAAUGGAACACUACACCCGGCCCAGUUUGCAGUAUUGGAUGAAUGGUUUAGAUUUAUACAUAAUCAUAUCCCUAUUGAAGCUGAUCUUAUAGUAUAUCUUAAAGCAUCACCGGCUAUUGUACAUGAAAGAAUAAAGCAAAGAGCCCGAUCUGAAGAGCAAUGUGUACCAUUGUCAUAUUUAGAAAGUUUACAUAAGUUACAUGAAGACUGGCUGAUACAUAAAACUUUAGGAGAAUGCCCUGCACCGGUGUUGGUGUUGGAUGCAGACCUUGACCUAUCUGAAAUAACAGAAGAAUAUAAAAGAAGUGAACACCAAAUAUUGAGACAAGCUGUGGAUGUAGUGAUGAGAUCACCUAACAAACUUAGCCCUAAGAAACCUGUGACUGGAGGAGCUAUUAAAAUAGUUCCAAAUAUUAGAUUAUAAUAGUUUAUAAGUUUUUGACUUAAUGACUUCUACUUUCAUAGACCAAUUACUGACUUAAAUAUUAUGUUUUCAAAUAUUUACACUUAUUAAUUGUGUUAAUGGGGCACAUCAAUUUAUUACAUGAGGUGUUUUUGACCCCCCCACCACUGAGUAAGGUCAGCUCGGACCUUCUCCCCCCCCCC